AUGCCGCGGGCCUGGCGCAGCGCGGGGGCUCGCCCGUUCCUGCUGGCGCUGCUGCUGGUGCAUCUGCCGCCGGGUCGCGGCCACCGAGCCACGGGGCCCCGGUUUUUAAUAAGCGACCGUGACAGAGACCCGCAGUGUAACCUGCAUUGCUCCAGGUCCCAGGCCAAGCCCCUGUGUGCCUCUGACGGCAGAACGUACGAGUCCAUGUGCGACUACCAGAGAGCCAAAUGCCGCGAGCCCGGUCUGAGCGUCACGCAUCGGGGCCGCUGCAAAGAUGCUGGCCAAAGCAAAUGUCGAUUAGAGAGAGCUCAAGCGCUGGAACAGGCAAAGAAGCCCCAGGAAGCAGUCUUCAUCCCAGAAUGCAAUGAGGAUGGAUCAUUCAUGCAGGUGCAGUGCCAUACCUACACUGGAUACUGCUGGUGUGUGACACCUGAUGGCAAGCCUAUUAGCGGCUCUUCUGUACAGAACAAAACUCCUGUAUGUUCAGGUUCUGUAACUGAUAAGCCAUCAAGCCAGGGUAAUUCAGGAAGGAAAGAUGAUGGUUCGAAGCCAACGCCUACCAUGGAAACCCAGCCUGUUUUCGAUGGAGAAGAAAUCACAGCACCUACCCUUUGGAUUAAGCACUUGGUCAUCAAAGAUUCCAAAAUGAACAGCUCCAAUAUAAGGAAUUCAGAAAAAGUUCACUCUUGUGACCAGGAGAGGCAGAGCGCCUUGGAGGAGGCCAGGCAGAACCCCCGGGAGGGAAUUGUCAUCCCCGAGUGUGCUCCUGGAGGACUCUACAAACCAGUGCAAUGCCACCAGUCGACUGGGUACUGCUGGUGUGUCCUGGUGGACACGGGACGCCCCCUGCCUGGUACUUCCACUCGGUAUGAGACCCCAGUGUGUGAAAGCGAUGCCAGAUCAAAGAGCACAGAGAUUGAUGAUCCCUUCAAGGACAGAGAACUUCCAGGCUGCCCAGAAGGGAAGAAAGUUGAAUUUAUUACCAGCUUGCUUGAUGCUCUGACUACGGACAUGGUACAGGCUAUUAACUCAGCAGCACCUACUGGGGGUGGGAGGUUCUCUGAGCCAGACCCCAGCCACACACUGGAGGAGCGAGUGGUACACUGGUAUUUCAGCCAGCUGGACAACAACAGCAGCAAUGACAUCAACAAGCGGGAGCUAAAGCCUUUCAAACGGUACGUGAAGAAGAAAGCCAAGCCCAAGAAAUGUGCCCGGCGUUUCACUGACUACUGUGACCUCAACAAGGACAAGUCAAUCUCGCUCCAGGAGCUGAAAGGGUGUUUGGGAGUCAGCAAGGAAGGAGGUAGCCUGAGCAGUUUGCCCAAUGGAAAAAGACAAGGUCUUAACCCUUUCAUAGGUCGCCUGGUGUAGCAGCAGAAAACAAGAAGGGAAGGCAGGAGCUGACCCAAAGGAAGAAAAGAUCCAGUGACAGAUGGACAGACACCUUGCUGCUUGUGAGCAAGCACACAGCAUCAGCGACAUCCAGUGUAGCAGAAGUGGCACCCAGAACAUUUGCACUUUUAAAAAAUUGGUUUGAGUUUGUUUUAAAUUGCUUUUCAAUGCCAUUAUCUAAUACUUUGGAAAGUGGAGGGGAAGCAGGAUCAUGACUUUUUAAAAUUGGAACAGCUACUGAUGAUGUAAAAUUGAGUUCACUGGGACUCAAAGAAUUUUAUAUACUGUAUAUAAAUAUAUAUGUAAAUUGUACAGUUGUCUUGUACAGGGGUUGGAGUCACUGUUCUGUUCCUCCCUUUGCUUUUGAAGGCUGUUAGGGUUAGAGGGACACUUUGAAUUUAAUGGAUUAUAGUAAUGCAUUCAUUUCUGCCACCAAGCCAUCAUUCAGUGGUGAGCCUUAACAGCACCUCCAUGCAGAAAGGAGCCAGAGUAUCAGCAUGAAUUGUUGUUGCAGAUGUGCACACUGCGCCCCAGAUACCAAAUGCUUCUUGAGAGCAGCUGAACCCCUUUCCUUACAAUAAAGCUCUCUGAAACUCAGGUAAUUGGGCUUUUGAGAGCACAGAUUUCAUGUAAGUAUUGGUGCACUGCAAAGCUGCCUAAAGUUGGGAUAGAAAAGGGUUGUAUUAGGGAUAUACAAAAGUAGUUUGUGCACUUGUUUCAAGUUGGGCAGAAAUGAAAUACAAAUGCAUUGCUGUUCAUGCUCAGAUAAAAUGCUUAGCAAAGAUGUGCCAUGCCUCUGGAAUCUAAAGCUCUAGGAAGGAUGUGGGAGCCAUAGGCCUAGUAGAGUCAGUGGAGUGAAGACUUGCAUCUUCCUCUCUGACAAAGUGUUCAUCUGUGUGUUGUACAACAAUAAACAUUUUGAGAAGCCUGCUAAAA